AUGGCGCCUGGCCAGCGCGACUGGCGGGCGGGCGGGGCUGGCACCAGCAUGUGGUCGCGGGUAUACCGGCCUGUUGCAGCCUGCUGCGUGGCCGGCAACGCGCUGCGGCUGGGCAUGCGCGCUGACGGCGCCCUCACGGAGGCCGCCGACACGGCUCUCGCGGCCGCUUUCGCGGCAGCCUUCGUGGUGGAGGCGGCCAGCGAGCUGCGGUACCAGGGAAGGGCCUACUUCAAGGGCGGCUUCGGCCGCCUCGCCUUCCUGCUGGCCGGGGUCGCCGCGGCGGACGCGUUCGCCCGGCUGGUCUUGCCCGCGGGCGCCCCCGAGCCGCUGGGCGCGCUCCUGCUGCUGCGACUUCCAGAGCUGCUGCAGCGGGGCACGGCCGCCGCGGCGCCGCCAGCGCGCCUGCGCGCGCCCACCGCGGCGCUGGCCGGGCUCCUGCUGACGGUGUACGCCUGCGGCGUGCUCUUCGUGGGCCUCUUCCGCGAGGUGGGGGCGGUGCCCGGCUGGCAGGGCGAGCCGUACUUCGAGACCGUGCCCCGGGCCGCGCUGACGCUGGCUGGCCUCGCGUCCCACUCGGGUUGGGCGGAGGUUGUCCGGCCAGCCGCUGAGGCCAGCGCUGCCGCCGGCGCGGUGCUGGCGGCAUACGCGUUGCUGGCCCCGUUGGCGUUCGUGGGCGGCACGCUGUGGGCCCUGCAGGUCCCAGCGGCUGAGGAGCCAGCGGUGGCACGCGGACCGCAGGGCGCCAGGGCCCCUGCGAGGGGCGACAGCCCUGAGAGCCACAGGUCCCCCUCGGGCCACGCGGCCCGCGGCGCUGCCCUGGCCCGCUCGCCGAGCGGGACGCCGUCGCGGAAUGGCCUCGGUGGCUCCGGCGGUGCGCCUGGGGCCCGCAGCGCCUCCGCCAGCCGCGCCACACCCGCGUGCCCGGCGAGGCUGCUGUCGAGGCCGAGGGCCUCCAGAUCUGGCAGCUGCCUCUGGCUGGAGGGCGAGCAACGGAUGGAAGCCGCAUCGCAGGCCGCAAGCCAGGUCUUCAAGCAGGCCGCCGCCGCAGGCUGCGGCGCGCGCGCUUCGGCAGAGGAGCUGGAGCAGGCCGGCGGCAAGGCCUUGGACAGGCUGCUGGAGUGCGCCGCCGUCCCGCCUUGGGUCGGCUGGCGCGGGCUGCACGCCGCCCUCGCGGGCGGCCCCGACGAGGGGCUGUCGCACGAGGGCCUGCUGGCCGGCAUGCAGGCGCUGCUCUCCCCGGACACCGAGCUGGAGCGACGCGUGGGCUGGCGGUUGGCACUCUGGAGACUCGAGGUGGAGCUGCAGGCGCGGCAGGGCAAGUCGCAGAUCGCCCUGGAGCGACGUGGCUGGGCGCAAGACCGAGGCGCGACGCUGGGCGUCAGCGAGCAGCAGAAGCCCCCACUCCUGCUUGAAGCGGCGGCGCCAGACGACCAGCGCGGCGCGCAGGGGGGGCCUCCGCACGAGCUGCCGGUUGCCGGGAAGCUGCCAGAGUGCAAGCUGCAGCGCAGCGGCGAGGAGGCGGGCAGCUCCAGGCUGCUCCUCACGCCCACGCCCAGCCGCCAGAAGAGGGGCCGGCCCAGCCCCGGCUCGGGGACCUCACCGCUGCGCGGCGCCGAGCACCUCGAGAUGCCCGCCGACGUCCGCCUCCGGGUCGCGCCGCCGUGGGGCGCCGAGCAGGCGGCCGCCGGCACGCCGGCUCAGCCCCCCGAGGCCGCCCCGCCCGAGCGCCCGCGGGGCCCGCGCCUCGGCUGCCCGCCGGCGGCCCACGCCCCAGCGGCCGGCCAGGCCUGCCCGCGGCCCCGCGCGAGCACGCGAGCCCGCUCCCCGCCAGGCGCCCCCGCGGCGUUCCCUGGCACGCCCAGCGACGACUCGACCAGCGGGUCGGCUCCGACGACGCCGCUCUCCAGCGCGCGGGCGGGUCCAGAGGGCCUCGCGCCGGCGACGCCGCCGCCGUCGGCGCCGCCGCCCUCGGCGCGGCUCGUCGCCGCGGCGGAGGGCCCCGCGUCGUGCGCGGAGCGGUGCUGCUCGCCCAGCCGCCGCGGCGGCGCCGAGGCCGCGGCAGUGGCCACGCCGCCGAGGCCGCCGUCGCCCUGGGAGGUGCCGCACGAGCCUCCGCUCGGGGGGGGGCCGCCGGCGGCGCCGCCGCGGACGAACUCGACAGCGGCCCCCGCCACCGCCGCCGCGGCGCUCGCCAGCCCCGCCGCCGCCGCCGCGGGCGCGUGGGCGGCACCGUCG